GCUCAGAGAAUAUAAAAUGUACAUGACGCAGAUUACUUUAAUUUCUUGGUGAUGGUUUAACAUGGUGGCAGCGGUGUGGAGUUAGUUUUAUAUCCAGAAUUACGAAUCAUGGACGAAGAAGGAGCUGUCUCGGCGCCUUCGCCAAAAGUUUCAGUGGCGGAUUUUCCGACUUAUGACGGCUUUUCAAGGCCAGACGACUUCCUCGCUCAAUGCAAGCGUCUCGGCGACCUGGGUGGGUUCACUUCAGACAAGUUGGGCAUGAUCGUCGCUACACGCUGCUCCGGUGAGGCUCUGCGUGUCGUCAAUGAGACAGAAAGUUUGAACGGUGGCCUGACAUUUACUUCAUUGUGUGCGGAACUCAUGAGUCAUUUUUCGGACCAAACUUCCACAGCACAAGCUGCUAUGAAACUGUCACAGCUCCGGAAGCAACCACAAGAACGCGCUCGUGACUAUGGCAUAUCAGUGCGGCGCUUGGUGCGACAGGCAUGCCCCGAUUUUUUCUGCACUAACGGCCAGGUCAAGAACAUAUGCAAGCCGGCCUAUAGUGCCACAUUGUACCGGCAUUUUGUGGCCGGCCUAGACCAACACGACAUCACCCUCUUGUCGCGUCUUAAAGUCACUACGUUCGAGGAAGCAAUAGCUGAGUUAUCGCGCGAGGAGUCACUGCAAGAGUCUGUGCAGACAGCGCAUGAAUCUUCUUCAGUGCGCACAGCCCCAAGAUCGGUUCAAUGGGCCAAUCCGAUCAGUCGCAGUUCUUCACCGUACCGCGACGAUGCAGCCCAGACCCAGCCCGUGAUCCAGAGCCAAAGUAAGAUCAGGCACCAAUCUCCGGACGGGGUUGGCCCACACAGUCACCUACAGAAGCAGCAGGAGCGGCACCGGCAAAGUGGCUCGCCCUCCCCGCCCUGGCGGCACAGACGUAGUCCUUCGCCGCCUUACGAGAGUGAUCACUCACAUAGGUGGCCGGGCAGCCGUCGGAGUCCAAACAGAGCUCGCGGACGCAGCCCUUCACCAUCUGAACCAGAACGGAACGACUACCACCGACAGCAAUGGCAGCCUGGCUGGGAUGACUAUCACCAGCAGCAAUGGCAGCCCGGACGGGGCGGCCGUUACUACUACCAGCAGCAAUGGCCACCUGGACGGGGCGGCCGUGGCUGGCGAGGUCAGCGGCCUCCCGGCGCCUGGGGAAGGCGCACACCGCCCCGAGGAGGGUCAAACAACGAACACCCACCUGACGGCUUUCACGGUAUCGGCUCUGGUCUCGGAAAUCAGAGACGAGCUCAUUCGAGGGAUAGAAAAGCGUAACAUCCAGACACCGUCGCCUAUCUACCAGACUGCACUGGAGAAACUACGGCGACUCCGCAGCUUCAUCGCUGCCUCAGACAGCUUUUGGGAUGACCACUUUAUCAACAGUCACUCUGCCAGCCUAGGACACCGGCUGCAUAUGCAGGAGCCCAGUCACCAUCGUCUGCUGCGAUUAAUGAAGACGCUGACGUCGAUCGGUGACACCUUCUCCGACCAGUACCUGGCAUCAGACUUUCAGGCUGAAGACACCAUUUGGAGUUACGUCGUUCAGCCCUACUCGCCAAACGCCUACUACCUAACGGACCGUAACGCAGUGGUGAUACCGCUGGCGUUCCUGUCUGAGCCGUACCUGUUUGACGAUGUACCGCGGUACAUUACGAUGGCGGCGCUCGGUACCACGAUCGCUCACGAACUGCUGCACAGUGUUGGUGUUACAGGGUUUUAUUUCAACAGUGCCGGGGAGCUCCACUCGCUGUCAGAGGACACAGAACACCAGCUGUCGGAUCUCCGACAUUGUGUCCGACAUCAGUUCACGCGGAAUCUCAGCCGGGAAGUGGAGAUCAGCGGGCUCUUGUUCAGCGCACAGCCGAACGGCGAGCUAACGCUGGACGAAAACCUUUCGGACCAUGACGGUCUGGCGCUAGCUUGGCGGACCUAUCACAGAUGGCAGCACCGUCACCGCCACUCGCCAGAGCCCCGACUGCCCGGAGUUCAGGGCAGCGUUCGACAAACCUUCCUCUUAGCAUUAGCGCAGACGUACUGUGCGAAGGUAGCGCCGGUGAGCUACAUUACGUCUGCAGAGGUGGACACCCACCUGCCCAAUCCUGAAAGGAUAAACGCCAUGAUGCGUCACUUCCCCGGGUUCGCCGCUGCCUUCGGGUGUCCUGUCGGGUCCCAAAUGAGACCCGAACACCAAUGCAGCCCCAUCUGGUUACCACUGUGAUGAAGUGAUCCCUGCGUUUGACUAUCUGCCGAGAAACAGAGUGAAACAUGUGAGGAGACAGAGGCCGACUGUCUCUUACAUGACAUCCAAGAUGGUGCCGGGGCGAUACAAUUUCAAACAUUGACUGCUGACUUCUCAUCAAUCAGUCGUCCAUGGCCAUGAUCUUGCCGGUGUAAGCUUUUCGGGUAUAUUUUUGUUAACUGAAAAAGUGCGAUGGAUUGCCACCAUUGGACGACCACUCACUAGCCGACAACGGACAGUGAACGUACUGUGGCGACACUGGGUGGCCUGUUGGCGUGCUUUGAGGUUUCACAGACUAGCCCAAGUGACUCCGCAGUGACCUCGGAUAAACGACCGGCGUGGAGCCUCGGUAUGCUGCAGGCUCAGAGACUAGCCGAGUUAACUCAGGACGUAGCUUGUGGGAAUAGCAGUCUGUCAUCAAGUUGUGGUGGUUGAGUCGUGUUUCGUGAUGACAUCGACAAAAUACCAGCGCUGGUUGCUGUCUCAGAGAGUCCAUUACGGAAAGCAUACAAUGGUCUGACCAUGCAGCGCAUGUGCUCUGCGCAUCUCGAGACUAGAAUCUAUGGACAUGUGAACGAGUGUGGAUACGUGUACGAGGUGUGACGUCAUGUUUGGCGUCAUCAGGUGACAUGCCAGCGUACCUUAGUGCACAACCCGUGUGUUGAAACUUGACAUGUUUGUUGUUUUCCCAGGCCAGUAGAGGAAUGAGCAUGGUUUGACUUUGUGAAUUGUUUUUCGUGCUCCAGAAAAAAAACAUUGUGGGACAGGUGUGAAAAAAGAGUUGUAAAAUCGCUGAUCUACUUGAACGCAAAUGGUUACCUACACCAACGUCUUUCUUUGUCUACUGAAUGAAAAAUUCAACAGUAAUGUUAAUAUUGCAGCAACCAACGUUUAUAAAUGCGUUAGCGACGCUGGAGCGGUUGCGAUUGGUGCCAAGUUGCGCUGUGGUGGAGGCAGGAAACGCACAAAUCCUGUCAUCAUAUGGAAUGCCAGCUUCCCGGUUUGGAUUUGAGUGUGAUGCUAGCGAUUCGGAUUUCGGACAGCCUCGUAUAGGCAGUGACAGCUGUGUGAGCCCUCCGUGGAAUGGUGCAGUACCAAUACAGGGUUUUGGUCGCGGGUACGCAUCGGUGGGCUGCCCCAUGUGUCAGUGUUCGCGGUGUGUCAGUGAGGGAUGUCAGUGACAACAAUGACACUUGCCACGCAAGAGCAUCCCGCUGGGGCCGUUGCCGCGCAAUGAUGUGCGCGAAACUGUGAGAGCGUGUAGAAAAGCAGGGUAUAUCGAGUCCUAUGCCGGUACAAAUGUAUGGGUCGUGUUCGUUUUAUUCGGUUAUCUCUUUGUACGGGCUCUUGGCUGUUUGCGUACUGUUUGCAGAUAGAAAAAUUAGUCACUACAGUUUGAUAUUUUUGUAAGAAGUUACGCAUCCACUGAAAUUCUUGAUGCUUUGCGUAUUGAAAGGGAUAUUGUUUGACACUAAGCACUUUGUACAUAUGCGUUAGGCUGAAAUAAAUGAAAUGUUUUA